AUGAGAUUGUCACUAUUUAUUCAGUUGGCUCUAUUAAUCCGUUAUGCUUUUUGUGAUUAUUAUGACGUCCUUGGAGUAUCUAAAUCUGCCUCAAAUUUGGAAAUUAAGACAGCAUAUAGGAAACUAGCGAAGAAAUGGCAUCCGGAUAAGAAUCCUUCAGAUAAAGCAAACAAAAAGUUCAUUGAAAUAAAUGAAGCCUAUGAGGUACUAUCCAACUCUAAGAAACGGCAUGAGUAUGAUACCUUCGGAAAAGUCCAUUCAGAUGGGAGUGCACCUCCCCCUGGACAUUAUCCAUACCGUCACGAAUUUGUUCAUUCUUCGUUUGAAGAUCUUUUCGAUUUUUUUCCAGGGUUCAACCGUGCCCCACAAUUCUCAACCAAUGUCCUUAAUAUCGACUUUCGAAACUAUCGCCUAACCCACCUCCCACGAUCUCGAACGGUGCCUUUGCUCAUAUUUGGUUAUUCUGAUUUUUGUUUCCCUUGUCGUCAAGUUCGUCCCAUUUGGUCACAAUUAGCAGAUGAGCUUACUCCGUUGGGGAUUACUGUGGCUAGUGUCAAUUUAGAACAUGAUUCUGCACUGCGUGAAGAGCUACGCGUAUUACAUGUUCCGAGUGUGACAGUAGUUGUUGAUGGACAGGUUUCUUAUUACUCUCGAGGUGAUUUCAGUCAUAAUAGUCUUAUUGACGCAUUAAGAAGUGCAAUUAUGAAAUCAAAUCCUUCACGCUCUAAGGCGUUACCAAUAUUUCUUAGCACAACAAUCGAUACACCAUUAAUACAAAGUAUUAGUGAUUAUGAUACAUUUAUUAAUACUUUUCAUUAUGGUUGGCGUCGUGACAGUCGACCCAGAAUGGUACUUAUUAAACCAUUAACUUUACCACCGUUACGGUAUUGUGUGGCUGCUUUCAGAGCAGCAGAUCAUUUAGCUGCUGGUUAUAUUAAUUCUGAACCUGGUAACAAUCAUAAUCUGGCUAAGAAUUUCAAUGUAAAUCCAAAUGAGGAGACCUUACUGAUAUAUCAUGAAGAUUCAAGCAUACCUGUCUAUCGUCAAUCAGCUACAAAAUUAUCACCUACUUUAUUGGAUAAUGCAAUGUUAACUUAUAGUCAAUUAAAUAUCCCUAGAAUAUAUAGUCGUGCACGACUGUUGGAUUUAUGCCCAACUGAUGGAAGUAAACCAACUAGUAAAUAUGCUUUAGAAUCAGAUAAACAUUAUAAUGAUCAUUCUAAUCAUCGUCAUUUAUGCUUAGUAUUAUUGUUAAAUUCAAAGUUAUCCAAUGUUGAACAAGUAAACAGUUGGGGUGAUAUAUGGUUAACUAUGUUACGUCAUACAUUACAAUUAUCUCAAACAGAUUUAUCAAAAUUAUAUCAUACAAAUCAACAUAGUUAUCAUUUUAUGCCUGUACAUAUUUAUGUGGAUCGUCAGAUUAGUUUAAUGCAAAAAUUAAGUACAUCUUCUACAUGUUCAAAUGAAUCGUGUAAUUUACUUAAUGAAGAUAAUAUGGGCCGUUUAGCAUUAAUCUGGCGUAUCAGUUCAACUGAAACAGUUUAUCAAUUUCUUCCCAUUAAUUCAAUGUCUCAUCCAAGAACUCAUUUAAAUGAAAAAAUGCUGAAACCAAAUGAUUUAAAAAGUUUAAUCCUGAAAUCUACUAAACAGAUGUAUACUGCUUUAAUGAAUGAUUUAGAAAAUAUUAUCCAGACAGUAUCUAUUAUUGACAAAGUAACUAAUCCAACAAAUCAUUUCACUCAUUCAAUUGAUAAAGCGGUAUCUCAAUGGUAUCUACUCAAAGAUUGUAUGAUUGAGGAAUUAAUGAUUGAUGAAUUAGUAGCGUCAAUAUGGAUUAGAAUGAGAAAUAGGCUGUUACAAAUUCUUGUGGAUAUUGGGCAUUCAAUGUUUGACCUUGUAAAUCAUCCUUUGGCAUUUGUUUUUUCAAGUUUUAUGAUUAUCAUCGGUUUACUAUUAUUCAGUUUGAUAUCAACACUUGUACAAGCAACAAAAAAUGAACAACAGAAUAAAUGUACAACAGAGAAGCGUUACAACGAAACAAAUCAAGAUGUUAAUACAUCAUUCUCAUCAAACAGUAAUAUUAGUGAUAAAAAUAGUAGUAGUUGUUGUGGUAAUAAUAGCAGUAGUAGUCAGUGUAAAUUUACUGAAGGGUCAUCUGCACUUACUCCUAUUGUUUCAUUAAAUCCUUCCACAUAUGACCGUCUUGUACGUGAUGCCCCUAAAGGUUUCAGGCUUCUAGUAUUAUGUGUUCGUGGAACUACUCAAGAUAAUCGACUACGUGAUCAGUUUGACUUCAAAACUCGUCGAGUUUGUGGAAGUCAAAUUCAACGUGCUUGUCUUUCUAUGGAUCGAUAUUCUGGUUGGCUUGCAAAAUUACUUGAAUCUAUCAGAUCUAAUUUACCAAUACAUAUUCGUUCUAAUAAAACUAUUCAAAAGAAUACGAAUGUGAAUGAUACUACUGAUGAUAAUAAUAAUAAUAGUGGAAUUUUAUUUAUUAAUCCAGUGAACUGUGUUGGAACAGUUAUCGCCGUUAAUGGUUAUCGUCGAUAUUUCAAUCUUUAUCAUCCUUUAAUUCCAGGUUCUCAAAGCAGUUCUGAUGAAGAUUCUGAAUCAGAUGAGGACAAAUCAUCAAUAGUUGAAAAACAAGGUAAACACUUACGACGUAGACAUAUAUUUGGUCGUGCAUUCGGUUUAGAAUCAGAUGAUGAAGAAGAUUUCAAUCAAUCUAAUAUUAAUAACAAUCAUUCACAUUUAAAGUCAAGGCAUCAAAUAAAUGAUGGAGUAUUAUUUGAAAGUGAAUUAUUAGAUGGUUUAUCCAAUUGGUUAGAUCGUCUAUUUGAAGGUUCAUUACCUCGUUAUAAUGUUGCAGAAUGGCCAAUCGGUUUACUUGGAGAUGAUGAUGAUGACGAUUAA